UCGUAAUGAUCGCUUGUGGCGUAAUGUACCGAUUUACCCAGUUGAUAGUAUACCGGACUGCGAACGCCAAUAGAAACAAUAUUUUAAUGUACGAAGGUGUGUGUGAGUGGAUGUGGAUAUCAAGUUUUAGCGUUUGGUUUUUGGUUUCAUCAAUGCCAUUUGUAUGAUCGUCAACAGUUAUUGUUAUGCAUUGAGAGAAAAUAUCAUUUACCAGUGCAAUAAACUCAGAUAUGCCUUCACAUGAAACCCAUCUGAGUCGUGCAAUAGUUUACAGGCACAUUUUCAAUUUAAAAACCCAUUCCACACUACUCACAAUUUAGAUCUAUUCAGAAAUCGCAGCCAAGCAUCACAUGCGUCGCAACAGGUGUUUAUUUGUCAUUUGAGAAGGACGGAAAAGUUAUUCCAAAAAUAUACCGAAAAAUAAACAGCGAGCUUCGAAACAAUGCAUGAUCGUAUCUGUUUCUUUCGAUAAUCAUGUGACGUCACGCUAAAUACCGUACAUGUACUGGUCUCUAGUAGGUGGUAGAGAUGCGUUGGAUUCAAUCAAACUAUUAUACAGUAUCGAGUUGAUUUUUUUUCUCUUCACACAAAACACACACGAGUAAAUUUGCGCGGCUCACGUACAAAAGCCACUGAGAAAGCCCCCCAUUUAAUACAGUUUCAAGCGUGUAAAUGCUUAUGUGUACGCUAUCGCCAGUGUGCGCGUCAAUAUACACAGUAUGUAGUGUGUGCAUGUGUGUGUGUGAAACGGUGUGCAAAAAAGAAUAUCGAAUGUUCACCGAAAACGCGGCCACAAACGGCUGGAGAGGAACGAGAGAGAUCGGUAUAGCUGUGUGCGCAGUGAAUAGGUUUUUUCAGUUUUCAAUUGGCAAUGAAUACGGAAUCAUGCCGUGUGCAGCAGAUCGUAUUCGCGCACUGUACCCAUAAGCAAACUAUACGGCUAAUGACAAUCGAAGUGAAAUAAAGAGAAACAAAAAUAAAACACUGAAAACUGACAACAAAACAACAUCACCGAGCACCGAGUCAAUAAAUGGCAUUCUAAAAAGAACGGCUUUAGUGCUUUCCAUUCGGUGUCAAUUCAAAAUAUAGAAAGUAACAAUCAUAAUAAUAAUAAAAAAACACACAGAGACAAUUUGUGCAAUUAGUUCUCAGUUGUGCGAAACAAACGUGUACAAAAAAAACCGAAUUCCGAUCGAGAGUGUGCUUGCGAUCAUGUCUAUGAAUUAAAUUCGAUCAUAUUGCGAUAAAUAGAUUAAAUUUCGUCGUCCACUGUGUUCGUUGUCAAGCUUUGAAGAACGCGUGAUGCUCGAAUUUUGGGUGUCGACUAAUUGAAACAUUUCGUUUUAUUGACAAUUCAACGAAAGAGACACAAAUAUCGAACGCUUUGUUUUUUUAACGGUUCAUAUUUUCUCCAUUUAAGCGCACGAAUUGCAUGUGUAUCGGUUUCAUGUGGGUAUUUUUAUAUUCUAACGUUAUUGGACGUUCAAAGAGUUAUAGACUGUAACUUACAGCAGAUCAUUUCGAAUGAUAACUACGGCGAGAGAGAAAAAAAACAAAUUCCCGCAAAUCUUUGAAACAAUCAUUGAGUCACACAUCUCAAGCAAACUGACUCACGCCCAACCGCACAUUUAAUUGCACAUCGGUGCGCGCACUUGCUAGGACAAUAAAUCAAAUGAAAUAAACAGAAGCCUCCAAGCAUCGGACCCAUUACAUAGCAACGACCGACGUAUGUCAAAUGUUAAUCAAGUGAAAUUAAUUAAAGUGCUGAAAUUGACCAAAUUUUUCCCCAUUGUAACACAAUCAGUUGACAUCAGAUUUCAUAGCCUCAAUCCGUCCAGUUGGGAUUUGUUCGUCAAUUGACUGACAUUGACUGGUUUUUUUGUAGCAUCAUCGAAAAUAAAUCGUGAAGUCGCUGGCUAUCAACAAGAAAAUGCUACGUUUGCAAUUGACAUGCGUGUUAGACAGCUUUUUUGGAUUUUAUUCCAUAUUCAAGUGAAUCAAUAGCAAAUUUCCAUUUUUUCUCUAUCGCGAGUGUAUAUAUGUGUCUGAGUGUUGUGGCAAACUGUUGACGCCAUUCGAAUUUGAAUUAAAUAUGAGAUGACAUUUUGUCAGUCGUUCCGCAGCUAAAUAGUGUGUGUACAUGUAUCAUGCAUCAGUAAUUUCAUACAUUCAUUUGAUACAUUCGAUGUGAAAACGUCGGAACACGACAGAAUUAUAACAAGUAAAUAAAGUGAGUGUGAGAGAAAAGAAACGGAGCACAACGGAAAACGACACAAACUGUGACACAAAAACCGUCUGCACCGAUAAUAAAUAGCAAUUAAUAGCUGUUUAUCGCACCUAUUUCUUUUGGCGUCGGUGAAACUUCUCGGCUGUAUCGCUGCUUUUUAUUUCUCCGACAUCAAUCAUUCAACGGCAAACCACAAAAAAAUGGCGCAAUUUAAAGAUAAUUCCUGGUUCAACCGAAGCGCAAACGAAAUAGAAAAUGCUGAGUCAACCGAGUUAGGUCGAAAAAAGCGAAAGAAAAUUAAUUGGAGUGUAAACAGAGUGGUGAAUCCGAUCGAAACGUACGAGAGAAAUUACCGUGUAGUUUAUCAUUUCGGAAGAUGAAUAAGCUAAGAACAACGAAAUAUAAACCAGACGAAGGUGUUCAAAAUGAUUACAGCCUCUUUGAUAAGAUAACGAAACGCUAUUCGAAUGUACGAUUUCUGCGGAAAUCGGCAAAUCGAAAGGAAGUUCCAGCGAAUACAUUCUCUGGCAGCUAUGAUAUGAAUGGACGAAAUUCAGAAGACCAUAAACUCGAAAUCGGUGCACCGAUUCUGAUUUCGAAAACAACAAUCGAUACGGAUUCAAUCAUUGAUACCAGUCUCUAUCGACACAGUGACUGUAGCCAAUUGCAACGUAAUUCCGAUCAAUCAGACAGUUAUCAUGAUGCAAACAGUUCGUUGGACACACAACAAUCCAGUUUUCAUUCGUCCACAUCGAGCAACGAUGAACGGAACGUCGAUAGUGCAUAUGCCAAAAUCAUACAACUGCCAAUCACCAGCGAAGUGAAUAACAAUGGGAAUUUCAUUGGAAAUCGUUCAAAAUCGGCGACCAAUUUGCAUAAAACCGAAUUGAGUGUUUAUUUACAGCGUUCGCCCAGUAUGGAAAUAUCGAAUCACUUCACUCAACCAUUGACACCGAAGCACACAUACAGUUCCUACAAUGGAUUUCGAACGGUGUCAAAGCACAGCAUCGAGAGCGAUAAUAGUUUUCACAAUAGUCGAAAUAGUAUCACCGUUAAUGGAUCGGUGAUCGAUGAGGAAGUGCUUGAUUUUGACAUGAAAUCGGCUUCAUUUCAAAGUCUCGAUGCACGCAACAUAUUCUUAUCGAUCGAAGAAUUGAAUGAAAUCACCCGGCAAAUUAACGAAUCCGAUGAAUUUCGGUCAAUUGACAAUGAUCAAUUGGAGUAUCAAAUCCAUCGUGAUAAUUUGAAGCCAUGCGAACGACGUGUCACAUUGUUGCGGAAUAAAAACCAGAAAUUUUUAAAUAUCACACCAAAGCGGGACAAAUUGACGAACGCAUGGAGCGGAUUUAAGAAUUGGAUUGGCGAAGAAAAAGGCAAGAUUAAGGAAGUGGUCAAUAAGCAUGCGGCGAUGCAACGGGUUGGCGCCAAUGCGAAACCAACGACAAACGGUGAAACUGCGGUCGAUGGUGUAACCAUUGUAAAUGGUACCGCAUUGCAAAUCACUCAAAAUGUCACGGAGGCGAACAAUCAACAGCAACAACAGAACGAGCCACACCAAUAUCAAUCACAAGAUUUUGGUGAACACACCAUUCGGUUCAGCGGCGGUGGUGUUGACAAUCAACAACGUCGUGUGGUUGGUUCGGAUAGCAGUGAUUUGAAUUCGUUGAGCAGGAAAUCUUUACAUGAAAUCGAGGGUCAAAAUGGUUUCGAAGAGCUACGCCGCUAUGUUAAACAAGGCAGUGACUUUGGCAAAGAUUUGGUUGCGGUUUUACAAGAACGAGUGGAAUCAGAGCAACUGUAUUCGAAAUCACUGUCGAAAAUGGCAUCGAAACUGAACAAAGCAUGUCGUGAAGUGCCUGGCACAUUGGCAGAGGCAUGGCGUAAUGUGGCCGCUGAAAUGGAAAGUCGAAGCGAAGUGCAUCGUCAAUUUUCCACCACGAUGACUGAAGAAAUCGUUAAACCAUUGAAGCAAUUACUGGACAAUCAGCAUAAAAUGAGAAAAUCGAUUGAAGGCAAUGUGGAUAAGUCAUCGCGAAUUUUAGCCGAAUGGCGAACCAACGAGGCAAAAGCAAAGAAGUCAUCGCAUGCAGCGGCUCGUGAAAAUGAAAAACUUCAAGAUGCAAUGCUCGAUGUUCGAAUUCAACGGUCACCAUCGAUAGCUCAUCAUAAUUCGUCGGCAGUGUCAAUUAUAAACAAUAAUACAAACAGUCUGAACAGUAAUAAAGAUGGCAACACCGGCACUGGUCUGCUUGGUUUGCACAAGGCGGCCACCGUCGACAAGGAAAUUAAAAAUGCCGAAAAAGAUUGCGCUAAACUGGAUAAUAAACGGCGCAAGGCUGAGGAAUCGGUGAAGCGGGCCGAUGUUGAAUAUUACACACUUUGCAUUCGUGCCGAACGGGCUCGCAUCGAUUGGGAGAUUUCCGUCCUUCGUGGAUCGUCAGUUUUUCAAAGUCACGAACAUCAACGAUUACAAAGUUUAAAAACAUACUUGACCACCUAUCUAAAGCUAUCGAAUGAUAUGAAUCCAAAUUUUACGGCAAUCGUUGAACGUGUUACGCCACAAGUGACGGCUUGCAAUGUGCAAAAAGAUUUGGCCGUUAUCAAAAAUAUUCGUCGCGUUUCAGAAGGCCCAAGCGAACAAUUGCUACCCGAUUUCUAUUGCGAGCACACAACACUCGCCAUGAAUCGUGAUCGACGAAAGCAUGCACUGGUGAAAUUAUUGCAAUUGGUACGAACGGAUUUGGAUCGCGAGCGAAAAUCACGCAUUGGCCUCAAGGGAUUAUCACAAUCGCUCAAUUCGCAGGAAAACCAAAAUGUCACCGACAAACUCUAUCAUAUUCGAUCGAUGUUGACCUACUUGGAGGGUGCUCGUUUCAAAUUACAAUCAGCAUUGUUAGAAUUGGAUCAUAAACCUCGCGGUUCACAUCCGCUGGCGUCACAUAUUCAAAUCACACGCGAUCGAACUGGUUUGCAGCAAAGCAUACUGAAAGUGCCGCUCUGGUUGAAGAACUCCGACGAAGAGAAACCAAACACGGAAUCUGAAGCCAUCAAUGGCAAUGAAGAUGACGCAGCCGCAACGGUUGACGGAAAAAAUGAGGUGCUGAUUAAAAACUUUGAUCGAAACUUUAGCCGAAGCAAAUCGAGCGUUGAGUAUCCCGUUGCAAUAAGCGCCGGUACAGCAAGCACGAUCAUUGUUGAUUCUCGCAAUUUAGAGAGUAUAGACUUUGAUCGUGGCAUUGCUGAUGGCGGCUCCAAUCAACAUGACUCUGACUUUGAUGAAUUCUCUUCUCAAGAUGAAGACGAUGAGAUCAGCGGUCGAAAUUCCGUGCAAGGAACGAAUAGGCGAUCCACACCAAAUCCAUCAACGCCGAAAGUCAUAAGCCGUUGCCGAGCAAUUUAUGCCUACUCGCCAAAGUUGCCCGAUGAAUUGGAAAUUAACCCAGGUGACCUGAUCGAUGUGCACAUCAAACAGGAGGAUGGCUGGUGGGUUGGUGCAAUAAAAGAACGUGUCGGAACCUUUCCUGCCACUUAUGUAGAGGAAAUUGUUUAAUAAUGUCAAUAAUCGCAAAUUGAGAUAUUUACUAACGCUUUCUGUUACACAUUAUUUUGAUGAUGCGUUUCUUUGAUUUAUCUUUUAUAGUUUAUAUUAAAGUAAACACUAUGUUUUUAGUCUUCCACAGCUGUUACGAAUGACAAUGCGAUCAUACGAGAUCUUGUUUGUUUAUGUAAAUGUAUUUAAAUUCAAGAUUUUUUUUUGACUAAUAUAUAAACAUUAAAAUAAUUUAGACGAUAUGAAUCCAGUUUGAUUAAACCAAAAAGCAACUAAAUGAUAAUUACUCGUAAUUUUCAACACAAUAUUUUUAACACAAACACAUUUUAACGAAUCUAACAAAAAAAAAACAUAUUUUUUAUGUUAAUCGUAUAGUUGUAUCGAAAAACGAAAUGGAACCCCCUGAACAAAAACUAAAACUCUACAAUAAUCAUUGCUAUUUUUAUGCGAAAUGGUUUUAAUGAUCCUUAAAGUGAUGCAAACGUAAUUAAGAUCCGAUGUUAAAUUUACCUUAAUAAAAUAAAUUCCGACAAAUCA